AUGGCAGAGAAAACUGAGUUAGUUUCUGAGUUAAAGAAAUGGUGCAGGGGUGAAGGAUUGAGUGAGGCUCAUGGACUGUUAGUUAUUGUCCCAGAAGACGUGGAAAUAGCACAUAUUGAAGAGAUUCUUGGGACUAUUAAGUGUUUGGGCAGAGUACGUGUUAGGGGAAGGAUUUUCAAUAUGGAACUGAACAGCCUCAUGGUCUUGUGUGAAUGCAAAAACGCCCUAACUGCUGAAAGUGUCCCACCUGAGGUGCAUCUGCCUGAGGGUAGAGAGGCAUGGUCAUUAGUUAUUAUGGAUAGAGCCCCAGCUGCAGAUGAAAACUUUCAUACCAAAUUAAAGUUGCUAAUGCAGGCUGAGGGGAAAACUAUGGAAGACAUUAAAGCUCUGCUGCCAGGUGCACAGAAGUCCACUAGCUCAGCUGACUCAGUGAUACAGGCAUUUGGUGAUCUCUUAGAAAAGACCAAUAGACCCUCGACUGAAGGUGGAUAUCGCCACCUACGCAUCUUCUCAGGAACACAACCUGUUCCAGCAGGAGAAGAGCAGUUUGACCAUUGGCUUGAGCAAGCAUGGCUUAUGGUGGAGGAGAGUCAAUAUACGGUUAAGGAGAAAAAACGCCGUGUAAUGGAGCGUUUAAAAGGCCCAGCACUAGAAAUAGCGAAGGCUGUACGAACCAGUGAUCCUGAUGCUAACCCUACAAAGUACUUAGAAGCUCUUGAAAGUGCCUUUGGGACAGCAGAAUCAGGGGAUGAUCUGUAUUUUGCUUUUAGACUGAUGCAGCAGCAAACAAGGGAGAAAUUGUCAGAUUUCCUCAGACGAUUAGAACGGUCUCUCUCUAAGGUUGUUCACAGAGGUGGCCUUCUCCAUACUAAUAUGGAUAGAGCACGUUUGGAGCAGUUAUUGAGAGGGGCAGUUGCUGCUGACCUAAUGCUAAUUCAGUUGCGUUUAAGAGAGAGAAAGACUGAGCCACCUACCAUUCUACAACUCUUGAGUGAAAUACGUGCUGAAGAGGAAUAUGAGGCUUCCCGGAGGAAACUCACUGCUUUUGUGCAUCCGGUACAGCCAAAUCUGACAACUGAUUUAAAACAGAGAUUCAAAGCUUAA